UUUGUUAAAGUAAAAACGUGUGUCGUUCAGUGUCGUGACUUUUUACACUUAUUUUUGCAAUAAUAAUUGUUAAGUAAUUAUAAAUUGUUGUUAAAUCAAUUAAUUGAAGUGUUCUAAACAGUUUGUGAUAUAAAUUAUUGCUGACUUUUGUGAAAUUCGGCCAAAAUUAAUGGACACGUCAUCGGCGUCUUAGUUGACAAAAGCAAACCUGAAUUUGUUAAAUAACAGACAAAUUAAGACAAAUGAUACCAAAAAUUGUGGCUUAAACGACUAAUGCGUUAAUGUAAUUCAUCAAAGACAAUUAUUAAAACUGGGAUAAAAAAAAACGGUGACUAAGUUGGUUUGUCAUUGGAGCCAAAAUCAUACUUAGUGAAUUAUUUAAUAUGAUUUUAUGAGAAAAGUUUAUCUUUCUAAAAAAUUGAAAACAUUUAUGACAUAGUGCUAGUGUUAUUGAUUUUUAUGCUCUUUUAAAUGUACCACUUAUUGUUGUUAUUGGUAAACAUUUACUUGUUUUUGUUGAGCUCUAUCAAUGUUUAUUAAAACUGUCUUUGAUAAGCUGCUGUUGCUCACACAUCACAAUUGAACCACAUGUUGCUGUUUAGAGUUUCAAGAAUGAACCGUCUCUUUUGAAAAGAAUGUAAAAAAUAUUCUCAACAGUCAGCUUGAGAUCCUAGACAAAUUGAUAGAUCAUCAUAAUCUAUUUUGUCCACCACAUGUCUCAUCGCCAUAUUUAUAUUUUGUGGAGGGAAAAAUUAUGUCCAGGUGAAUAAAGGUUAUGUGUUUGUUCUAAAAGUGUUUGUCAAUAUACUACUUAACAUUACAAGUGAAAUAUAAAUUAAUAAUAAAUAUAAUUAAUAUAAUUUUUUUAAGUUAAAAUAAAUAACAAUAAAGUGAAUAAUAAUUUAAAUAUUUAAGUAUUAUUAAAAUUAAUUUGUUGUGAUCAACAAUGGGUGACUUUCAUUCUCCAAUGCGUACAAUUUCUCCAAAUUCAAGAAUUUUAUCUCCAAAACCACAAGUACAACAAACUCUGGAUCUUCGACAGACUCAAAACAAAGCACGUUCAAGUUUUACCUGGUUUUUUGUAAAUAGCUCGCUUCUUGGUGUACUAGUCUUUGACAUAGUUUAUGGUGGUGCUGCAUAUAGACCAUUUAUUUGGAUUGAAUGGUUUUUUGCAUUGAUAUUUGCUUUAAAUGCAAUUUAUCAUAUUGUUCGUUACUUUAUUGCAACACUAAGUUUACGACCAAUAACUUUGAGUACAAAUCAAAAAAAGUUAUUAGGUAUUAAAGAUGAUGAUCCAUUUUUUAAAGUUGGUAAUUUAGUACAAAAAUCACCAGAACCAGUAGCAGUUAAUCACAUACCAUCCAUGAAUCUUAGUCGUCGUUCAAUUGGAUCACCAAGUCUCAGUGAAAGUAAAACAUAUUCAGCAAGUCCAUUUUGUAAAUAUACUAGUUCAACUCCACCAAGAACUAUUAAUUCAUCACCAAAUAGUUCAUUUAAUAAAUCAUUAAAUACUUCAAUGAAUGGUAGUUUAACUGGUGAAGGACUUAUUCAAGAUGAAAGUGAAUUAGAAAGUUAUUUAAAAGAUAUAAGUGAUCGUGAAAGAAAAACUUCACAUUCAACAAAUAUUGAUGCACCAUCAAAUUUAUUAAGUUCAUUUUGGUCACAUCCAGCAACUAGAACACCUGGUGAAGUAUCACCAAUGCUUAGACGAUGUGCUUAUCAACUUGCUCCAACUAUUGACAAAACAAAAUCUUCAAGUCCUGGUACUGAAGAGGGUAUUUCACCACGUGGAUUUUAUGGUGCUACUGAUGUUUGGAGAAAAUACAGAGUUGAACCAAAUAAAGUUAAUCAAUGGACUGCAAAUCUUCGAAUGUGGAUUAGUACAACAGUUGUUGAACGUGUAGCAACAGAAAUUGAUAAUGUAUCUGCAGCAUUAAUUCGUCAAGGUUUAAGUGAUUCACAACCAGGUCAUGUUGGUCUUGAAAGAUUAAGAAAACUUGGUCAAUCACAAUUUCUUGUUGCUGCAAUACCAACAUUACCAACAUUAGUACAAUUUCUUGAAUUAUGUAACAAUCAAGAUUAUCUUGUUAAAAGAAUUAAAGUAUUAGCUAAAGGUGGAUCAAUGAGUGAAUUUAAAUGGAACAGUGGUGGAUCACACAAUGGAAAACCAUGGGACACUAGUUUACCAACAGAUACAGCUAUUAUAAUGCAUCUAUUUUCAUCAUAUAUGGAUACACAAUUAGAAGCACCACUUGAUCAACCAGAUGCAAGAACAUUUACAUCUCGUUAUAUGGCUAAAAAUGGUACUGAAUUACCAAGAAAUAAAGGACCUGUUAUUGUUUGUCAAUCAACAAAUCCACCAAAUUAUUGUCUUGCUCUUACUGGUGAUUCACUUCCUGCUGAUUAUGAAGAAAUUCCAAGGGGUCGCAACAACAUGUUUCAUACACUUUUAUUAUUUUUAUAUAUAAUUAAAACAAGAGAUCAUGGUAUGCUGGGAAGAGUUAAUUUAGGAAUGUCAGGAGUUAAUGUACUUUGGGUCAUCGAAGCAUAAUUAAUUAGAUUUUUUCAUUUAUUAAUUCUGUGAUGAUUAUUUUUGUGUGAAUAUUAUUUAAAUAAUCAUAAUAAUUUAUAAAUUUACAAUAAAUUAUUAUGAUUAUGAAAAAAAAACGUAACAAAUAGAUAAUAAAAUUUAUAAAAAAAAAACUUGUCAAACAUAUAUCCACUCAACUUGUAUAUUAUUUUUAUAUGUAAAAUAUAAAAUCAAGAUUAAUGUC